CAGAAGCCCUGCUGAAUCAACUGAGAAGAGACCUGCAGAGCAAUCACCAUGAGUAUCUCAGCUCUUGGAGGCAGCACCAAAGGGAAGCCUCUGCCACCAGGCGAGGAGGAGCGCAAUAACGUUCUCAAGCAGAUGAAAGUGCGAACCACGCUGAAGGGGGACAAGAGCUGGAUUACCAAGCAGGAUGAAUCGGAGGGUCGCACCAUAGAGCUGCCCUCAGGCCGGAGUCGCGCCACAUCCUUUUCAUCAGCUGGGGAGGUUCUGAAGCCCAGGCCUCCGAGCACAAGGGCUCCCACUGGCUACAUCAUCCGGGGCGUGUUCACCAAGCCCAUAGACAGCUCUUCCCAGCCCCAGCAGCAGUUCCCCAAGGCCAAUGGGACUCCAAAAAGUGCUUCCAGUCUGGUGAGAACAGCUAACACUGCUCCUCCCCGCCCCUCCUCCUCUGGCUACAAGAUGACCACUGAGGAUUACAAGAAGCUGGCACCCUACAAUGUCAGGCGCAGCUCUGCAUCAGGGGACACCGAGGAGGAGGAGGAGGUGGUGCCUUUCUCCUCAGAUGAACAGAAAUGGAGGUCAGAGGCUGCAAGCAGUGUUCUGAGGAGGACAGCUCCCCGGGAGCAUUCCUACGUCCUGUCAGCGGCCAAGAAGAGCACUGGUCCUACCCAGGAGACACAGGCGCCGUUUAUUGCGAAGAGGGUGGAGGUGGUGGAAGAGGACGGGCCUUCUGAGAAGAGCCGGGACCCACCUGCUCUGGCAAGAUCCACUCCUGGCUCAAACAGUGCGGAUGGAGGCAGGACCAAAGCAUCUCGGGCAAUUUGGAUCGAGUGCCUGCCGAGUAUGCCUAGCCCCGCUGGGAGCCAGGAGCUCAGCUCAAGAGGUGAGGAAAUUGUCCGCCUGCAGAUCCUGACACCCAGGGCAGGACUCCGCCUGGUGGCCCCAGACCUGGAAGGCAUGAGGUCUUCCCCAGGCAACAAAGACAAGGAGGCCCCUUGCUCCAGAGAGCUCCAGAGGGACUUGGCUGGUGAGGAGGCUUUCGGGGGCCCCAACACAGAUGCUGCAAGGUCAAGUGCACAGUUGAGUGAUGGCAAUAUGGGAUCUGGAGCCACGGGCUCCCGGCCUGAAGGCUUGGCUGCAGUAGACAUCGGCUCCGAGAGAGGAAGGCUGUGUGCAGCUGCUAGCUUUGCCUCUUUCCUGGAAGACCAGGAUGGGCACAGUGCCAACUCUCAGCCCUGUAAGCCUAGACCAGCAGCCAUCAGCUCCAGUGCCACUUCAGUCUCUGCUGUCCCUGCUGAUAGGAAGAGCGACAGCACAGCAGCCCAGGAGGAUGCAAAGGCAGACCCAAAGGGGACCUUGGCUGAUUAUGAGGGGAAGAGUGUGGCCACCAAGGUUGGAGAGGCCUGGCAGGAAAGGCCUGGAGCCCCAAGAAGUGGCCAAGGAGACCCAGCUGUACCCACUCAGCAACCUGCAGAUCCCAGCACCCCAGAGCAGCAAAGCAGCCCCAGCGGAUCUGAGCAACUUGUUGGACAAGAGAGUUGUGGCAGCAGCGUGUUGGCUGAUUUUGAGGGGAAGAAUGUGGCCACCAAGGUCGGAGAGGCCUGGCAGGACAGGCCUGGAGCCCCAAGAGGUGGCCAAGGAGACCCAGCUGUACCCACUCAGCAACCUGCAGAUACCAGCACCCCAGAACAGCAGAACAGCCCCAGCGGAUCUGAGCAAUUCGUCAGACGAGAGAGCUGCACCAGCAGGGUGAGGAGCCCCUCGAGCUGCAUGGUCACCGUUACUGUCACUGCCACUUCUGAGCAGCCUCACAUUUAUAUUCCAGCCCCCGCAAGUGAAUUGGACUCCAGCUCUACCACCAAAGGGAUUCUCUUCGUGAAGGAGUACGUGAAUGCUAGUGAAGAGUCUUCUGGGAAGCCAGUAUCUGCACGCUAUAGCAACGUCAGCAGCAUUGAGGACUCUUUCGCCAUGGAGAAGAAGCCUCCAUGUGGCAGCACUCCAUACUCUGAGAGGACAACUGGAGGGAUCUGUACUUACUGCAACCAUGAGAUCCGAGACUGUCCAAAGAUUACCCUAGAACAUCUUGGUAUCUGCUGCCAUGAAUAUUGCUUUAAGUGUGGGAUUUGCAGUAAACCGAUGGGCGAUCUCCUGGAUCAGAUCUUCAUUCACCGUGACACCAUUCACUGUGAGAAAUGCUAUGAGAAGCUCUUCUAGCGCCCCCCGGCCAGGCUGAUCAGAAGCUGAUGACUCGUGGACAAAUUUGGCUGUCCCCAGUUUUGCCCCAAGUUGCUGUCUCCCCUUCUCUUACCUCCUCCCUCCCUGUUUGAUUUCUUCAUGCUUUUGCCCUUCUCAAGUUGAAGUUGCAUACAUCCAAUAUCGUAUCUUAAUGAUGCUAGGAUAAUUGCUUGUGUGUGUAGCUUCUUAUAGCUUGGUAAGCGCUUUACGUCCGUGAUCUCAUUUCAGGCUCAACCAAAGAGGAUCAAACAAGAAUUCCAUCUUGGCUUCCCUAAGACAGAUUGGCUUUCUAAUGAGUUUAAGUGGGCAGAAGUGUAGGGUUCAGUGUGUCCUGACUCCCUUGAGGCUUAUGAUGGGCCAAGUUGAAGACUGUUGAUGAUCCCUGGUGGGUAAAUUGCAGACAUCGAAUGCUAGGGAUUGGCAUAGGCUAGUGUUUAGCUUGUCUAUUUGCCAUAUCUAUUUUUUUAAAUUUCCAUACACUUGUAAAAGUAGUUAGUUGCUUUUGAUUGAGUUAUACAGCAGUUUUUCAUUUUGUCUUCCACUCACCUUUCACUAUAUUUGAGUGUUCCCUGUUGGCAUGUGUUGGAAAAUUUACACAAUUAGGUUUAAAUUCAGUAGGAUGUGAUUUUAGGAUGCUACUGAUCAAAGUGAUAUAUGUGUCUGUUGGAAUCUUGAUAGCUGAUUAAUUUGCCCUCAAUUCUGCUCCCUGAACUUUACACAUAAAUCUUCCCAAGUGGGUUUUAGGGUGUACAGAUCCCAGCAGGACUAAGGAGGUGGAAACGCAGCUAACAUUUCUUGAGGCUCUACCACAUAGCAGGCACUGUCACAAAGUGAUGGCAUUAAUCCCCAUAAUAAUCCUGUGAAGGUGAUAUUCUCAUCCCAUCUUAGACAUGAGGAUAUUGGAACUCAGAGAGGUGGCUAUUGCAUUGCGCAGAACUCUACAGAGCCCAUGCUCUUCCCAGAGCAGCACCCACAAAAGCAAGCAUUGAUUUUGUGACCAGUGUGUGCCAAGCACUGUGCAGAGGGUACAUAGUUCCUGCCAGGUUAACACCCUCCCUUCAGGCCUCCCAAAGGCAUAGGCUUGCAAAGAGCAGAAGGUGUGAAAUCACACUCUUCCUCUGGGCAUCUUGGAUCCCUGAAUUAUCCCCACCCCCCAUGAAGUACUUCAAGGGCCAAGCUUCCCCUUUCCCUCCCCUCCCCCCAUGAAAAUGCCUCCAAGCUGAGAUGCUUUCAGCUGAGAACAGAUUUGACUCACAGACAUUACCAAAGAGGAGCUUGUGAAUCCAGGAAAAGCUCCAGGGGGCUAGCUGAUCUGAGCAGAGAGCGUUCAGUGACCCAUUUUCCUGUCUAGACUCUGCCUCAAGCUAGUGGCAACUGCUGGGGCCCCAGGUACUUGGGACAUGGAAACUCGUUGGAUCGCUGGGCAGAUGCAAGCCUGUUCAUGCAGUCAGCCGACCCUCUGCUCAGGUUCAGCUGGACUCUGCCAUCUGUGGGCCCAGCAUCACUCUGUAAGUUCCUUGAAAGGAAGAACAACCUUAGAGUAUUUCUGAUACAAAAUGAGGGCCUCUUCUCUUGAUUUAAUUAUAAAAUGUCUAUGUCUUUCUCCAGUUUCUGAGCCCUAUGCACAUUGGCUUGUGGACUUGUUCUUCCUGCCAAAUGAUCAGAGAGGAACAUUCCAUUUAUUUGUAUUGGAUUUCCUCUGGAGGGCAUGUACCCACACCAAAUACCAACUGCUCUUCCUCAACUGUAGUCCCCAAUAUCAGACUUGGCACAUGGUGGACACUAACACACAGGUACUCAAUGAGUGAGUGAAGGAAAUAAAAGUCACCCCGUUGGUGAGAGGUGCUAUCCCUGAGUCUCAGUGCAGGCCCAGUGGAUGAAAGGCAAGGUAAAGAGGCCCAAGAUAGGCUGGCUUCCCCCGUUCAAGGUAUGGUCUGCCUUUAAGGGAGUUUUAGAACCAACAUACAAGAUAUUGAAAAAAAUCUUGCAAGAGCCAUUAUUGACUUAGAUCCAAAACAGCCUCUCUCAUGUCUAAAAAGGCACAGAAUUUUGCAGAUCUGAGGAAGAGGGAUACAUUACCUUUUUGCUUCUUUUUAAUUGCUUAGUGUUUCUAAUCAUACUUAAUCCACAUUAAUGUGCACAAUUAUAAUAAAUGGUAAGAUAUUACAUGUGUCA